AGUAGUAUAUAUAAAAGUUGAACCUUGUUACAGUCACAGCAAUCUGAUACAGAAGUUGCAAUAGUGCUGCUAUCAGCUUCACAGAAACACAGAGGUUCACACAAAAGGAGUUCUCAGAUCCAUAAAACAUGGAGGAUUCAUUGGAGAACUGGAUUUCCGAUCUGUUGUCACAGGAAAUGGAAGAGUAUGAUGCAUUUGAUGAGCAACAGUUCCUGAGAGAGAUCCUUGAGGAGCCACAGAAUUUGUCACCUGAAGGAGAGAACAACAGUCCCAGCAACAGCAGCGUGUCAUUUGAUGAAGCAAUGGGUGACACUCUGCAGAAAAGCUACAGUUCCAACUCCAUCAAGUCCUUGAAAACAUCACCACCACCACCACCAUCAUCAUCAGCAGCAGCAUACCUUCUCUCUUUUGAUACUUCAACUGCUGAGCCAAUCGCAAAACAUAAGCCUUCUACACUGCAGGGAUCUUGCAGUACAAGGGGUGGUGCUGUGGUGAAAGAUGGAUCUCAGGUUGAACCUGUCAUGGCUCAGCCAAGAAAGAGGGCUAGAAGGUCUCGUGAGACACAGCAUCACAUCAUUGCUGAGAGGAAAAGGAGACAGGAACUCACAGGGAGCAUCAUAGCACUUUCAGCCACCAUUCCUGGACUCAAGAGGAUGGACAAGGCUUACGUACUUCGUGAAGCAGUGAAUUACACAAGACAACUUCAAGAGAGGGUGAAAGAAUUGGAAAAUAAAAACAGUGAGAAAAGAGUAGUACAUCAUUCAUCAACAUUGGUAAGAAAAUCUGAAGUUUGCUCAAAGAAAAGCUUGAGCAAUAGCAGUGAAAGCAACAAAGAAUCACUGUUUGAGGUUGAAGCAAGAGUCCUAGAUGAGGAAAUACUGAUUGGAAUCCAUUGUGAGAAGCAAAAGGACACAGUCUGCAACAUACUAGCCUUUCUUGAAAAGCUGCAUCUCUCUCCAACCAGUAGCAGUGUAUUACCAUUUGGCACUUGUACUCUUAUAAUCCACAUCAUUGCUCAGAUGGAUGAGGAAUGCAGAAUGAACAUGGAUGAGUUAGUGAAGAAUCUGAGAGAAUAUCUGUUGAAUGUGUAUGACAUGCAGCAAGUUAGUUUGUGAUGCGUGCUAGUGCAUCAAAAAUCUUCUCGGACUGUAUACCAUUCAGAAUAUAUAUAUAUAUUUGGUUGACUGAAAAUUUAACUAGUGGUGGGUUGAAUUUAAAGCUGUUAAAAUGGGU